UGGCAGCAGCCAAUGGUAGGGGUGGUCCUCCUGGCGAGCUAACGCGCAUGUCCGCAGAGAGUCACACGUGGGGUCUGUGUAAUCCACGCACGCAGACGCAAGCAGUGGCUCAGAAAUGGCGGCCGACGCUGGCAGUUCUUCGCUGCAGCUACCCUGCGUUUUUUCACCUAAAUCACGACAAUACUUAGCAUUGUGUGCCCAGGAUGGCAGACUUCGCAUUUGGAACACAGAUAGCAAAACACUUCACCAAGAAUAUGUGCCUUCAGCCCAUUUGAGUGCCACUUGUAUCUGCAUAGCCUGGGGACCAUGCCGGACAGUCAAGGAUGGGCCCCAGAGGAAGAAGAGGAAAUCGGAGGCAGUACAGGUGGAGGAGAACGCAGACCUGUUGGCUAUGGGCACAGCAGCGGGCAGUGUGCUCAUCUACAGUACAGCAAAGGGAGCACUGCACUGUACCCUGGAUGGAGGCCACAGUGGAGGAGUGAAUUGUGUCCAGUGGCACCCUCAAGACAGUAUAUUAUACAGCGGCUCGGAUGAUACAAACAUUAUAGAGUGGGACCUGCAGACCGGCAAGGCACGAAGCAAGUGGAAGGCGGACCGUGCAGCAGUGACCAGUUUGAGUGUGAGCCCUGAUGGCAAACUGCUGCUGUCAGCUGGUCAGAUCAUCAAGAUGUGGGACUUGGUCACCAAGGAGGUUUACAGGAUGUUCACAGGCCACUCCACGGCUGUGACGACCCUAUGCUUUGCCACCACGCGACCUCCUGACAGCAAUGGGCUUUAUUUCCUGUCCGGUGCUGCACAUGAACGGCUGCUCAGUGUCUGGCAAGUACGAGAAGAUGGAAAAGACAAGAAUUCAGUGGUGUCCUUCACAUUAACGGACGAGCCACAACACAUCGACCUCGUCACGUCCAACAGCAAGGAAGAGGCGGUGAGGCUGGCAGUGGUGUGUAAGGAUGGCCAGCUGCAUCUCUUUGAGCACUUUUUAAAUGGACCCUGCAAGAAGCCGUUGUCCGCCUUGUGUACGGUGCAGAUGUCAGACACAAAGGACUCCCCAGUGCCAAUCCCACUGCUGGCUGCUGCCCUCAGAGCUGACACACGGACUGUGCAGCUGGCCUACGGCAACCACCUACAGCCUGUCAUGGAGAAAUUGGAGAUCAACACGGCGGAGAGACAUAUCUGUUUGACCCGGGAUGUUCAGACCAGCUUGUCCCUUUCCAUGGAGACCACCGUUUCCAAGGUGAAAACCCCUAUUGUCAACGCCAAGAGCAGAGUGCUGGUCCCAGGCCUUCCUGGUCACCAAGCCCCAGUGAAGGGAACCUCACAGGGAUCAGAGAAGAGGAAAAAAGACACUGACACCAAAGAGAUGUCAAUAGCGGAGCGACUUGGUGAAAUCGAUCUGUCUACAUUCUCCACCGAGAAGGGGGCUCCUAAAGGCACGGCCUCUUUACAGACGGACAAUUUUGCAGUGUUGCUGGUGCAGGGCCUCGAGAGCAACGACGCCAACAUCCUAAAUAAAGUUUUCCAGACUCGCAAGGAGAUGGUGAUAAAGAAAACUGUUGCUCGGUUACCCCUCCCUGCAGUUUUACCUUUGGUGGAAGAGAUCACAAAGAGGCUCCAAGGGCACCCUUUUACGGCCGUUUUAAUGGUACGGUGGCUCAAGGCUGUACUGAUGCACCACACAUCAUACCUGGCAUCGCUGCCAGAUCUGGUUACCCAGCUGGGAGUGCUUUAUCACAUGAUUGAGAGCAGAGUGAAGAUGUUCCACAAGCUAACCAAGCUGCAUGGGAAACUGUAUCUCCUAAUGUCACAGGUGGCGACGAGUGACAGCAGCAACACGGCUACAGAUGUUGACCACACAGCCAAGCUGGUGUAUGAAGAAGAAUCAUCUGAUGAAGACGAGGCCUCUGGUGAUGAAGCGCUUCCUGACGACGAGGACUCUGAUAACUGGGAAGAGGAGGAGGUGAUGGAGGAGGAACAAGCAGACGAGGAAGACGAUGAUCCAGACAUCAGGAGAGAUUCCAAAGCCAACGGAGAGGAAGACAUGGAACGCGGAAACGAGAGCGAAGAGGAGUGAGAAACGUUUGAGGAGAAUGCCGAUCAUACAUAAAAAGGACCUGAAAGAGUUAUAUAUACUUUCAUUUUAUUUUCAUGCUUUUGAUUUUAUUAUCUGAACCAAAUAUGGUUUUACAAAAUCAAGGGACACAUGGUGUUGAAAUGUGGGUGGCUCGGCCCCCCUGCUUCACCCACUACACAGUUGAGCCACAAGGGCUCCCUGUCUUUUCCCCAUCUGAGGAACAGAUGCAGCAAAAACAUUCUGCAGAAUGAAAUUGAUGCAAGUUCCUCCUGCUGUCAGUUCAGUCUGCAUCCCAGCUCUAUAACCUGACAAGUUUGCAUUCAAAGACAUUGAAAAUAUAUUCUGUCGGUGUUCCAUUUUGCCUACACUGCAAUCUGCAUUCCAAAUUUUAUGUAAUAAAUUGUGUUAGUAUAUUGUAUGACCAGUUUAACAAUAGACUGAGACGGAUCAGUUUAUUCUAGGAACUCUGUAGGCCACCUGGAACACGCCCUCGUUGAGCCCAGCCCAAAGAUGCAAACGCAGUGCAGGUGUGGAGUUGGGAUGCAGGGUCUCCCCCGGCGGUUUGUUGUACAGAAAACUGCUCGAGCCACAGGUGGGCUUGCCCUGCAAGACCCUACAUCAUGUCCCCACACAAUGUAAAUGUGUAUGUACAGUGAAGUGUUUGUAUGAGCUCUUCCCUCUACAGUUGUCUCUCCACAAAUGGUUGGGAUUAAACUCCUGUAAAGUCUCGAAUGCUUUUUUUUUUUUUUUUUUAAAUUGUUUCCAGGUUUGUUGCACCCCUUCCUGUUUUGACUCUUCUUUUUGUGCUUAACAUUUCUGGGCAUGCCCUGAUGUCCACUGCCUUGAACUCGUAGUCACAGGGGCGACUGAGAAAAAGAAAAUGUGAACUUUGCUCUAAUAGGUGAAUAAAUGGGUUUUCAAACUG